AUGGCCGAUGCUCAACGCACCGUCGUCAGCCAGCAAGUGCGUCGCGGCAGAGAGUACCUCGAGUACUCGGACGGCUCACUGUGGACUCGCAAAGCCGACGACACGACGGGUCAGUGGACGCCAGUCGAGGCUCCAGUUGCUCAGGAACCGGAGCCCCCGACCCGCUACCUGUCGGUGAUGGUAGAGCACCAAGCUGAAGGGGAGCCCAAGCACUGGUAUCUCCUCUCCCAUCAAACCGACCCGGCUGGGGCUGGGAAGGGCCAAGUCUGGCAGGUCACGGGCGACGCAGAGUGCAUGUACUAUCGGCACACUCCAGAUGUCGACGGCUUCAAUUCCGACUCCUUUGCUUGGCACCAAGUCCUCAACUCGAACCUCAGCCACUCUCAGUUUGCCACAGUCGACCGCAUCGCCCGAGCAGAGCCGGCACCGCUCGCCGUGAACCGGGCCGCUGUGACGGAGAAUUGCCAGGGUUGGGUGAUGAGAGUGCUGCGGCGGCUCAUGGAUGUCGGAAUUGUGAAGGAAAGCUCAGUCACCAUAUUGCAAGGGUAUAUGGACCCUGUUUAA